AUGGAUACGAUCCUUCCCAGGUCCAUCCAAACCAAGUGCAUCUUCAGCAGAAACCACAAUCCCAACAAUGAAACUGCCACAAAGGAAUACAUAAUCUCCACAGAUCCCACCCUCCACUCCUUCUCUGCCAUAAACACCGCCUUUGCCCAAGAAUACAUGUACUGGGCCAAACCGCUCUCAGAACCCGUAUUGAAAGAGAUGGUAGACCAUUCGUUAUGUUUUGGGUUAUAUAAAUAUAACAUCCCCAAACCCAAUGGCAUUGGCACGACGAUGUCACCGUCAAACUUUAGCCCUAAUUCUUCUUCAACUCCUAACACCAACACCAACACCAACACCACAAACCUCACCCAAAUAGGCCUUGCGCGAAUAAUCACCGACAACACCACCUUCGCCUAUUUAACCGACGUCUACAUCCUUCCCGAACACCAGGGGGCAGGCUUGGGCUCGUGGUUGCUGCAGUGCGUCACGGAGUGGGUGGAUAGCAGGGGCGAUAGUUUUAGGAGAUUCAUGCUUGUGACUGUUGGCGAGAGGGCGGAGGGGUAUUAUCGACGCGUAAUGGGGGCAGAGGUGCAGGGGAGGAAAGGUGAGGUUUUCGUUAUGGCUAAGAAGGGGAGGGGUGGAUCGGUCUAG